UAUGAACCCGGAUGUUACAUCCCCAGAGACAAGGAAAAUACUCGUACACAUUUAAUAAAAUCCUUGAGCGUAUUAAAUCACUCGCUGGCUGGUAGUACGAGCAAAAGGAUGUAUAAUUUACUGCUGUUGUUUGGAAUAUUCAUUUCUGGAGUGAAAUGCGGUUAUUACUUCGUUACGGCGCCAAAUAUAAUACGGUUUAACCACGAUGAGACGGUUGUUGUAAGUGUGUUUGGACUGAACAAUGCAGUAGUCAAGGUUUGGCUUCAACACGGCGACAAAAAGUUUUCCGAGAUCGAUGCUCGCGUUCUGGACGAAAACGCACCGAGGCAUGCGACUAUUAAAGUCACAGAGGAUGAUCUGUUUGACCCCGAAGUUGAAGAGAAGCCAAGAAAAAUCAAAAUAUGUUCGGAAUGGAAUGGACAAACACGAACAAGAGAAGUAAUAGUAAGCUAUCGCACAGGCUACCUGAUUGUACAGACAGACAAGCCGAUCUAUACACCUCAACAAAAAGUGAAAAUAAGAACUUUAGCACUUGACGAGUCCUUAAAAGCUGUUGUUGAUGGCUGGCAAGUGGGUAUGGAUAUUGUCAGUCCGUCAAAUUUAACAAUGGCAAGGAGGAGGAUGGAACAUAAGCCCAGUGGAUUCUAUCAACAUGAGUUUACCUUGCCACCUUACCCGGAAGUAGGAUUAUGGACAGCUAGAGCCUUUUAUGAGGGACAGUAUGAAACAGAAUCCCGCUCACUGUUUGAAGUUCGAGAAUAUGUUCUUCCUACAUAUGGCGUAACCAUUGACGUCGAUGUCCCGUACAUUCUUCAGGAUACAGCCGAUAUAUUGGUCACAGUAACAGCCAAGUAUGUAUAUGGCAAGCCUGUGCAGGGAAAUGCAAGACUUACCUUGAACUUGAAGGAUGAAAAUGGAAUCAGCGAAUACAUUCUGGAUGUCGGGAAAAGUUCGAUGGAGACUGGAAAUAAAGUCAUUAAAGGAAGUGUAACUGAAUUCUCUAUUCCUGUUGAUCGUAUCCUAAAUUCUCCGCUGCUACAAAACCGUGAUUUCCCGGCCGGAAAUCGUUUAGAAGUGGUUGCUACGGUCCUAGAAAGCGCCACCGGCAAGGAAGAAGCUACAAGCCACGAAGGAACAAUAUUUGCCAUAUGGCCGUAUAUAUUCAAGUUUACGAGGUCAAAAUUAUACUUCCGACCAGGAUGGGAGUAUUUUGCGAAGGUUGAAAUGUUAUUUGCAAACGGACAACCAGUUACAGGGGAAAAACUGAAUGUGAAGAUGUUUAAGAACGAUCAGUUUGAUAGUUCUAUAGAAGCAGUGACAGAUGGGAAAGGACGAGCUGUGUUCAUUUUUAUAACUUCACAAGAUGCCGCUAAAAUCACGUUUAAGGCAGCGACUUUAGAUGAACGACAAGAGAGUGAACCUUUUGAAGUGACUGCAUAUGCUGGACAGAACCAGAUUCAAGUGGAACGCAUUAUUACCAACGACAACAUGAUGUUAAUGCGAGCAUUUACAAACAUACAAGGUGCUGACUACACUGGAAUGCUUUUCAUGGUGGUGACAAGAGGACAGAUUGUAUACACAAUGUUUAAAGAAGCAGCAAACCAGGCUAGUGUAGAGAUACCGGAAGAUCUCCAAGAGAAAAUAACUCCCAACGCUCGCCUUCUUGUAUUCUAUGUUGACAAAAAUACUAAUGAGCUGGUCGCUGAUUCCAUCAAGUUCGACGUAGAGAAGAAAUGCCGUGGUCAUGGGCUUAACUUGGAGACGAUGAGAAACCUACUGAAGCCUGGAUCCAAUGAGCAUUUGACUAUUUCUGGCUCCCCGUUUAUGUGGGUUGGUCUUAAUGUUAUCGACAAAGCCCUCCUACUACUCAAUGACAAAAACGUUCUUAGGAAAAGCAAGAUGUUCGAUGUUCUCCAGUCACAUGACAUUGGAUGUGGAGAGGGCAGCGGAGAAACGAAUGGUGAUGUAAUCAUGAAAUCUGGACUGACAGUAUUAACGAACGCUAUGGUAGAUGAGAACCGCAUUGUGAGGAACAAAGAAAACUGUGAAGGAAAGAAGAGGAAAAAACGUGACACUUACGGUUGUUACUAUGGUGUUGAUGAAAGGUGCUGUAAUAAGGGAUACGAUUACGCGGAGAUACUUAUCUACGAAGCCGAUUUCCCAGAACGUUUAGAUCCGUACGUUAAUUGCUUUGCAAAAGCAAGAAAUCUGACUGACGGCAUAUCAGAUAAGACAAAUAAAAAGGCUCUGACAACGAAAUGUAUCAUGGCUUUUUUUCUAAGCUGCAAAGGGGAACUAGAGGACAGAAUAUACGAAACAGACAAUAUUGUAUCAAAAUCCUUGGGUGACGAGAGUGAAUAUGCCGCGGACCUUGCACGGUUAGCGGACGAAGGAGUCAGGCCUAAAACCAGAUCAGAUUUCCGGGAAUCAUGGCUUUUUGAGGUCGAUCAGCUUGAUAAAGACGGUCAGAAAGAGAAAAUACUUAAUUUUCCAGACUCUAUAACCGAAUGGAAGAUACAAGCAGUUGGCAUAACUCAAGACAAGGGCCUGUGUAUAGCUGAUGCUAUUGAUGUAAAAACUUACAGAGAUUUUUUCGUACAGCUUGAUCUUCCCUAUAAGGCUGUCCGUCUGGAACAUUUUGACGUGAAAGCAACUAUAUUUUCCUACGGACUUCCUGGUGAUAGCAACAAACCGGCUAAUAUAUACUUGCACGGUGUAGAACAUCUUUGUUAUAACAAAGACGCAGGAGAAGAAUCCCCUAGAAUAAGGAUCGAAUUGCCACCCAACAGCGCCAAAACUGUGAGUUUUCCCAUGAUACCACUCAGACAUGGAAAGUUUCCCGUGAAAGUAAGCGCCAUGGUUACAGACUUUGGCAUUCCGGAAGUUGACGUAAUUGAAAAGAAAUUAUACGUCGUGAAUGAAGGUGUGGAAGAAGAGAUUGCUAUAAAUGUUUGUUUAGACCCCAAGCACCAAAAAGAUGACUGCAGAAAUGAUGAUCGAGUAAAAAGCGAUGUUCGAGGAAGUCACGAAAGGGUGUACAAAAUAGACCUCACGCUUCCAGAAAACAGUAUUCCGCAAACCGGUGCAGCUACGGCGUAUAUUCAAACUAACAUAAUGGACAACGUUGUGAAUACAAUAAUAGAGGGUGUUGAAUCUCUAUUUCAAAAACCGGAUGGUUGCGGGGAACAGGCAAUGGUUCGACUUGCUCCAACAGUAUAUGCCAUGUAUUACUUAAAGGAAACAGAUCAGGUGGCAGCUGAAAUAGAAGUUAAGGGAAACCAGUAUAUUAGGGAUGGUGUGAACCAUGAGGUGUCUCAGUACCGACAUCCGGAUGGAUCUUAUGCCGCCUGGCAACACCGGCAGUCAAGUACCUGGCUGACGGCAUUUGUUGCAAAAAUAUUUUGCCAGGCGAAGAAGGUUGUGGACGAUGCAGUUGACGAACAAAAGGAUAUAAAAUUAACAAUAGACUGGCUGAAAAACCACGUGAAUGACGAUGGCUCAUUUGUUGAUCAUAUGCCGGUUAUGGAUCGAGGAAUGAUUGGACAAAUCAAUGAAAGGGAUCCGUCACUCACCGCCUUUGUACUUAUCACGUUACAGGAAUGCGGUAUAAAAUCGGAUGGUUUGAAAAACACCAUUGAAAAGGCAAGAAAGUAUUUGGAAGAUUUACCGGAAGAGACGUUAAAGAAUAACCCUUACUUACUAGCAAUAAGUACAUACGCUUUGGCUUUGACGGACAGUCGAGAAAAAUACAGAUUCAAGAGGCUAUUACACGGAACGGAAAACAAGGAUGGGCGAGAUAUUUAUUGGGGAAAUGCUGGCGGCAAGCCUGCAAGUGCUCAAUCCGUAGAAACAACAUCAUAUGCACUUCUUGCUAUGAUUGAAUUCGGUGACUUCAAAAGUAGUGCGUUUAUCGUUAGGUGGCUAACGUCUCAAAGAGAUGCAGGAGGGUCGUUCAGAACAACACAGGAUACAGUAGUCGGUCUUCAAGCGCUGUCACGAUACAGCAUAGCAACAUAUGAUCCUGACGUGGAUCUCACAGUGACUUUGUUAGCAAAAGACUGGGCUGGAAGUCAGUUUGAUGUUAAUAAGGAGAACGCUUUAGUUCAAAAGAUUGUUAAAAACUUACCUGUAGAGAAAGGAAAUAAUGAGUUGACUGUGAAAGUUAGCGGCCGGGGAAGUGGUAUCAUGACAAUUGACUUGCGGUAUAACAGACCAGCUAGUGAAGAGGAAGAGUGUCCUUUUGAAAUUUCUGCUAUUGAUGUCGGCGAGAGUAAUGAUGCUCCAAUUGAUUUUAAUCUAGCAAAGGAACGGAACUGUGAUGUGUGCGGUCAAUGUGAAGAUGAACCUGAUGAACCAGAUUAUGACUUUUUUGAUCCUCCUGCGGAGGCAGAACCUGAAAUUGAAAGUAACUUUGGAAGACGGAGGAGACAGGCAAACAGGAAAAUUAGAGCUACCAGUUCCAAACUAUGUAUCCGAUUUAGUGUUAGUUCUAAAAAUGAGAAAGUGCAUGGCAUGUCAAUUGUCAACUUUGGACUAGAGACUGGUGUGGAAAUUGUCCAGGACGAUUUAGAGAAGCUUGUGGAAGACAAUCCAAACAUUGCAAGAUAUGAAAUGCCAUCCAAUGGCAGAGGCUUUGUGGUGUUUUAUUUAAACGAGGUCACAGCAAACGAUACAAAGUUCAUAUUCCGUCUGAAAGACAUGUUUGAAGGUAACAUAAAUUCGAGACAACCAUCAUCUGUUAAGGUCUACGACUACUAUCAUCCAGAUCAGCAUUGCACACAGUUUUAUGGAACCGGUCCAAACAGAGGUCAGAGCGUUUCAUAUGAAUGCGACAAAGAUAAUAAACAAUGCCAGUGUUUACAAAGCAUGUGUGCACAGCCUGCAGAAGCUGAAAUAUUACAAGCUAUUAAAAGACAAACGAAGCCCGCUCUUAAGCUGUAUAGACACACCUGCAAUCCAGAAAAGGCAAACUAUGCUGUCGAGGUGGAGAUCGAAUCAAUGGACUAUAACCAUGACACUAAUCAGAAAAUUGCUCGCGGCAGAGUAUUGAAAAGUAUACAUCAAGGAAUAGAGAAACUAGAAAAGGACGAUAAGAUGGCAUUCUUCUGGAAUAUGAACUGUGAUCAGCCUCAUUUGGAAGAAGGGAAAAAGUAUUAUAUUAUCGGAAGAGACGGCAAUAUAUUCAAAAUAGAUGGUCAUGAGGAAUAUCGUUAUCCGUUAAUGGGAACUGCUAAAGUAAUCAGGUCUUUUGAACGGCAUGAGCGGAGACAAAGCACACAGAACUUAAGGAUCAACAAAGUCGUAACAAAUUACCAGAAAUUGAUGAAUUUGAACCAGGGAUGUGCGAGUUAAACCGUGCAGAAACAUAUGUGGCUUGAAAACUAGCGCGUACUUCUAUAAUGUUUUGUUUAUGUGUAUAAAGUGCUUACAACACAUAGGACAUAAAAUAUUUUCAUGAUUGUAGUAAAUACUUUUAACACUGAACGAGUGUUAACCACAGAAUGAUAUUUCUUUAAUUUCUCUCGAUCACAUGUCGAGGUGGUAUGUCCAUUUAUUUUUGUAACAGUAUUUUUUCUUAAUUUCUCUGAUUUGCAAUACAUGUAUUAGAUAAUACCACUAAUUAUAAGUAUCGUUCUAAAGAGGUCCGAGGGUGGUAAAAGGAACAUAUCAAUUUUUAAAAAUAUCUUCAUCACUGCAAAUUUAUCUUCGGAAACGAUUUAAAAUUGUCCAUUUUGGUAUUUUUCUUUUAUUUCAACUAUAAAUUUAUUUGUAGACGGAUUUUUUUUAAACAUUUUGAGGGUAACUUUUCAAAUUUUGUCAUACGCUAGCACAUUUUUGGCAAGAGAUUUGGAAUUUUCAACUAUAAAAUAUAUGUGUUAUGCAUUAGCAUAUCAAGCAUUACUUUAUAUUGAUUAUCUAACCAGGUAACUCUGGUAAUUUAUUCACAUGUAUAUUUAUAUAAGAUUAUACCGUAUCAUUCAAAUGAUCUUGAAAUCAUCUUUGAGCUCCAUGACCCGAAAAGCUAUAGUUGAAUACUAAGCCUGAACAAAUCAACGUUCAAAGAUAGACCAUAAAAAAUAAUAAAAGAAAAUAGAAGUUUUUUUUUUAUUUUGCUCUAUCCAUUGCUAAACUGGUACAUAUUGAAACAGACUUUGUAUUCAGCAGUAAAAGACAACACAGCAUAUUUCCGUCAGUAUAAACUUUAAAAAAUAAAAUAAUGGCAUUUGAAUAUUUGCUUGUCUGAGCGUUGAUGAAUACUGGCCCAAAAUGCCUUGUGUCAGUUUGAAACAAAACAACAGUUACUGCAGUCUAUAACUUUUUUAUGCUAAUGCAGUCAAAACUACAUUUUCCGAUUAAGGCAAUCGCUUGUAGAUAAAUACUUGUGAACAAGUGUAAAUGGUAAUACUUUCCAACGGUUUACUAAAAUGUAAUCAAAGAUAAUGCACAAGUUAUUCAUUGCUUAUUAAAUGGUAUUGGCAUAUCAUAAAUGAUAAUGUACUACUAGCCUAAGGGCAUAGCCAAUAAGGUGAUGAAUAAAGCCUGAUGAAUUUUCAGUAAGUCUUGUUCAAAAACUAAUGACUUGUAAGACAUUUCGUUUCUUUAGCGGCCUAUAUCUUUGUGUAGUUUUAAGUUCUAUGAACAGUUUUGUUUCAUCUAUUUUCAGGUUUUUAAAAACUUUUCCAAAAUGCAUAGGUUUAUAUACUUUCUGAUUACAAUAAAAAGGACACCAGUUAAUAACCUCUAGAGUCAACAAUCUUCUAUGGAAAAAUUUCUAAGAAAUCUUAUGUAGCUCCCUACUCAAUCCUGAAUGUUGAUAUCUGUAAUAUUGCAAUAAUUGCAUCUAUGUCAAUAAAACAUUGUUUAAACCAA